AACCGAUCACCGCCAGUAUAAAGUAAAUGAUUUUGUUGUCCCAAGGUAGCAAAAAAGCCGCUGAACCGCACAACAGGACCACUGGAUGAGCUUCGACCUCUUUUUCCCCCUUGCACUUACUUGCCUAAGAUGUCGUCGGUUUCAUUUCUCGUCGACGAUAAAUCUCCUUUGAUACACUAUGAUUCUACCUGGGCUCCGGGGAACUCUGGGGAUGACCCUUUAGCAGACCAAUACUUCCGCGGGACCUUCCAGACAUCGAACGUAACAUCAAGCGUCGCCACAUUCUCCUUCAACGGCACGGCCUUCUGGAUAUAUGGUGCUAAAAGGUCGAAUCAUGGUACAUACACCGUGAUGGUUGACGGCGCAAGUUUUGCGGGAAACACUGGCCAAUCAAAUGUCAAUCUAUUUCAACAAGUGCUCUUCAACCAGAGUGGCUUGACACAAGGGUCACAUACGGUAUCGAUUACAAACACUGCCACUGGGAACCUCUACGUUGAUAUCGACAUGGUGGUCUGGCAGACUGAAUUUAGCGGGAUCCAGCUAGUAACAGAGAUGGUCGAUGACGCGGACGCCAGAUUUGAGUAUCAGCAGCCAGCGUGGAAUACGAACCCCACCAGUGUGAACCUGUUCAAUAAUGGGACUGGGCACUCCACAAGUGUUAGUGAUGCCAGUGUGACCUUGACAUUCACAGCCGAAUCUGUCAGUAUAUUUGGCACUGUGGGCCCUGGCAACGGUUUGUAUACUGUCUCUCUCGACUCUCAACAGCCCACCCAGUACAAUGCCACCGCAUAUUUGACUUUCUAUGAAGUGAUGCUUUAUCAUGCAGACAAUCUUGGCUCUGGUCAGCACAAGGUGACCCUCGUCAACCUUCCUGAAACAAACGGACAGACACUCAAUAUAGACUAUGCACUGCUUACAUCAAGUUCCAAUUCCUCUAGUUCAAGCUCCAGUCCGUCAGGAAGUCCAUCCAGUUCCGGCGGUUCGUCAGGAACUUCAAGCAUCAAUGCGGUUUCAACUUCAACGUGAGAUAAAUUACUUUCAGCGACCUCAAUAACUUAUACGUGAGGCAGAAGUUUAGGCUCCGGGGCUAUUGCAG